AGCCUUUUCUUAGAUCCGUUAACGACUUUUUGCAUUUAUUUGAAAUGUGUCUAUAAAUAUAACAGUAUACACCGAUACGUGUGAUAGAGUGUGCAUCUGUCCUAAUGACCAUGGUAAGUUUCAGGCAACAGUUGUAACUAUCGUACACACUGUGGGGUAUUUAUCUUGGAGUUGCAACUAGCCUACGCUUUACUUUGCGUUUGAAAAAAACGUGCUUUAAAAUGUUAAUACAUGUUAUGCUGAUACAAAGUAGUAGCCUAGAUUAAAGCAUCAAACCAUUACUAAGGAAAUUUUGAAGAAAUCUAAUCAGGUAGCCUACCUGGUGAGCGAUUGAACGAGUAAUACCGAAUACAUUUACGACCGUAUUAAGUUACUUUAUAGAGGCAUUCGCUUUAUCUGACAGUUAUACCAACUGACUGCUCGAUUAUGCAUGGGGUGAAAUAAAAUUUGUCUCAUAAAAUAGGCUGUUGUAUUUGUAUCCCAGCCCCUGUUACUGCAAGCGCAUCUGUGUACCAGCAAAUAUUAUCAAUCCGCAAAAAAAUUUUUUUUUAAAUAAAAAUAAAAAUAUUAAAAAAAUUAAUAAAUGUAAUACAUUUAAGGUACAUAUAACAUUGCCUCAGUGGACUUCAAAGCUUAAACGUAAAUGUUUGUGUUUGUUUUGGAAUGCCUCGGAAUAUGAAUGCAUGCAAUACAUGUAGGCCUCCCCUUUUGUCAGUAUUAAUAAUCCUAGGUCAUUGUGAAAGUAAUGUGUCAAUUCAAAUUCAUGAAUCGUGUUUAUGUCAUUGGAAUAUAGCGUAAACAGAUGGUUUAUAAUAAACAAAAAGGGGGGUUGUUGGAGGCAACCUAGUUUGGUAAUUGAAUAAUAAGCAGUUUAAUGUUGCCGCGUUCCGUGACGAUGUGAAAACAGUGCAAUGCUUCAGGUUUUAAAAUAAGUUUGGUUUAGAAAAUGUAUUUGCACAGGUUAAUUAAACACUGUCGCAUCUGACCACAGUUUUUUUUAACUGACUGAUAUGUAUUAUUAAACAUAUUUGUAUGGUACCUCCAUUGUGCGGGCAGUAGUUAGGUUUGAGGCGUGAUAACAUUAGAUGUUAUUGAAACAGCAGUUCCCCACUAGCUGCCUGGCUGGUCGGAUUGAUGCCUACGAUCUGCUGGAAACGCAGUUGGUUAAAUGUGAACUCUGUGGUUUUUGAAAGAGGGCUAGUGCAUGAAGGUAUGCCUCAUUGGCUGCCAAGAUGCUAAAAUAAAUGAGGACUUGGAUGGAACGGUUACGAAUGAACCUCUCCAGAACCAGGCCGUCCUGUCCUACAAUUCGCUCAUCUGCAGGGAAAGUAUUGUAUUUAUUGCACGCAACCACUUAAAUUUUAUGUUGCAGUUAAGAGUUAUGGUCAUAGCACUGGAUUCAGAUUAGGUGAGGGUUUGAAUCCAAGGUGAGAAUUGCUGUUUCGUAUUUGAGCAUGGUACACUGAAGUAUAGCCAAAGUAUGUAGGCCUGUAGAAAACGGGUAAUGAUAAAGCAAGGGUUUGCUGUCUGCAUUUCCCCCUCUACCUGUCCAACAUCCUCCAUGUCUUCUUGCAUGAGCCGGAUCUGUUCUUCCCAGAGACGUGGUUGGCCCAGGUCCUCCUACCACAAUGCUUUGCUUCCGUCCUGCUGAACCUAAUCCUAUAUGUUAUUGUUAUUGUGCCUCUGAGAGAUGGAGUCAGGUUAUGAUUGACAGUGUUGUGAUUUGGAAUUUCUGCUGGAGCUCCCAAACCACAAUGCAAAAAAACUGGAAAAGCUGACAGCAAUUUGCACAGUACGUUGAGCAAUCUACAUCUUUUUGAACGCCAGUCCAAGUGCCUCACAGUGCUUUCAUUUGAACUCAAAAAUAGAACGCUUACAAAAAUGUGAAUACCAGAUAUUAGUUUUGUGCAUCAACGUUUUCCUGGGAUAGAACUGCCUUCCCUAAAAGUGGAAAAUAUUCUAAGAAUGAUGUUGGCCUGGCAUGCUUUAUUUGAGAAUUGCGUGUAUAAAGGGUUUUCUGUGUAUGGUCUUUUGUUCAGAUUUAUUUGACGCAUAUAUUUGUUUCUUGUGACAUUGUUGCCUGUAACUGGAUAUUUAUUAAACCAAAGCACUGCAUUUUCCAAUAUUUUUAUUUAAUAACUGAUUAUGAAAAAUGAAAGAAAAAAGUAUGAUUUAAGCUGAGGCUUGAGAAAGAAAAUGUAGUGUUCUCUCUCUGCUUUAAGACCAAAUUGGAGUAUUAAUCAGCCUUUCAAAUGAGAAAAAACUUGUAAUUUUUCAUUUGAGGGAAAGAUUUUAAAUGUCAUUCUGAUUAAGUCCUGUGGCAUGAAUCAUUUUUUUCUGUAAUUACGUCUUUAUGUUUCUUAAGACUUUUAAAGAAACUCUAGAUUCAAGUGUUCUCAGCCCUGACUUUUAAGGUGAUUAAAAGGGGGGAACAGAGUGUUUUUUUCCCCCCCGCCCCAGUCUCACAGAAACCCCGGGACCCACUUGGUGGAGCAGGUGUCUGGUCCACUGGCACUAUGACAACGCACUCAAGGUUUGAAGACCUGCACCUCCCACUGCUGUGCAUUGUCCUGCUGGGCACAAUUGAAGGAGUACGCUCAGUCUCCCUGAAGCAGUCCGACUCCUUCUGCGUGUUCCAGGAGAAGAAGUACAAAGUGGGCGAGAGGUGGCAUCCGUACCUGGAGCCCUACGGAUACGUUUACUGCAUCAAUUGCCUUUGCUCUGAGAGCGGCAGUGUGUUGUGUAACCGGGUGAAGUGCCCCCCCCUGCCAUGUUCCAGUCCUGUGCCAGUUCCACAGCAGUGCUGCCACCGAUGCCCAGAGGUGUCCCCGUCUCCUCUGUUGGCGCGGGUGGGGGGAAAGCCCUGUAACUACAGCGGUUUGCAGUACCAGCACGGGGAGGUGUUUGUGGCAGAGGGACUCUUCCCCAAUCGUCAAGUCAACCAGUGCUCCCAGUGCAGCUGCUCUGAAGGGAACGUGUACUGCAGACUGCGCACCUGUCCCAAGCUCACCUGUCCCUUUCCCGUCGCUGUCCCAGAGUCCUGCUGUCGGGUUUGUAAAGGUGAUGGGGAAACGUCAUGGGACCCGAUGGAAGGCGAGAGCUUUCGGCAGCCAGCUAACAGAGAGGCAAGACACUCGUACCAGCGCGCGCAGUACGAGCUGCUGUCGGCCCGCUCGCUGUCCAGCCUGCCCCGCGCGCCCAGCUUCCGCCCCAACCGCGGUCUCCUGAGCGACCAGCAGCAGACUGCCGGCACCACCGUCCAGAUCCUCAUCAACAGCCACAACCAGCACGGCCAGGUGUGUGUGUCCAAUGGGAAGACCUACUCCCACGGUGAGUCCUGGCACCCCGUCCUGCGCUCCUUCGGUGUGAUGGAGUGCGUCCUCUGCACCUGCAACGUCACCCGCCAGGAGUGCCGGAAGAUCCACUGCCCGGACGUCUACCCCUGCAAGCACCCACAGAAGAUUGACGGCAAGUGCUGCAAGGUUUGUCAAGUGGAGGAGCUGGCAUUGAGCAAGGAAGGGAGUAAGGAGUACUUCUGCGGAGAGGAGACGCUUCCUGUGUACCAGGCACUGCCUUCUGGGGACGGGGCCAGCAUCAGGACCAUCGCCCUGGAGACGGAGCAGCCCCCCGAAGUCGAGCUGCACAUCUGGACCAUUGACAAAGGUGUGCUGCAGAACUUCCGUAUUGAGAAGAUCCCUAAGAAGGACUUCCGGAAACGCAGCGACUUCAAGCCACUGACUCGGACGACACAGAGCCGGUGGAAGAUCUUCCGCGAAGGAGAGACCCAGAUCAGUCAGAUGUGCGCCAGCAGGCUGUGCCGGACCGAGCUGGAGGACCUGGUGCGGGUUCUGUUCCUGGACAAGCCCGAGAAAAACCACUGCUGAAGAGGAAGGACUGGGACUGGGAAGGCUGGGCUGUGCGUGUGGAGGAUGGGGGUCGAGGGUCGGGGGGUGGAGCUUAGCUCUUUAUUUUUAAUAUGCUAUUACUACACUAGAACUUCUGACACAAACUCUGUGGAAAUGGGGGUCAGUCAGAAUUCAAGAAUUUUGAAUCCUUUAUCGAGUGCAAUGCUAAUUUAACUGUAGCCUCAUAUUUUAAACAGGCUUCUCUCAUUUUGUAGCUAUGAAACUUAUUUAGGUUAAUAACCAACAAUCAGACAAGAAAGAAAGAAGGCUCUCAUUAGAAUUCAGAUUAAUUUUUUGAUUAGCCCUGUCAGCUUUCCAGCUUUUUUCCUGCUAUCUUUGGCCUCUUUUAGAAAUCGAUUUAGUUCUAGCCCUUGUAUCAAACUCUGGUGUCUUUCUCACUUUGAAUUCUAAGCAGUAGUGCUAAGAUUUUCCCUGUAAGAAGAAAAGGCAGGGCUCCGAUCUUCGUUGAAGAAGACAAGUUUAUUUCCAGUAAUGGCACUCUGGGUUCAGCAGGGUUAAUCUGAACUAUGAUGUAAGAACUGAAAGGCUUUAAAUACAUCUUCUCAGUCAGUCUCCAGAGACGGGAAAACAUAAAUGUAUAUUCCAACUACUAUGAUUGAUUUAAGGAAACCAGUGUCUGGCUUCCCUAAAUCAGUCAGUGUGCCAGUCGGCAGGGGGUGUGAUGGUGCUGCUUCCAGAGGUCUAGCCAGGAAACAGUCUUUUGAGCCAUUAAUCAAGUCUCCUCGGUUGGAAUAGUUCUCGAUCGCUCGCUCCCAGUCACUGUUAUAUAAUUCAUUGCUACGCUCAGUAGUAGCGAUGCCACUUUCUUGUAGUUAUGGAAAAUGUCCUGAAACUAUCUGGGCAGCAAACGUGGGUGAUUGACAGAUGUUUGAGACUUGAAUGGUAGCAGGACAAUCCUAAAAUCUUACAUCCCCUUUUCAAAUUUUGAUAUAAUUUUGAUACUGUUCUAUAUUUUUAUAUGGAACGACUCAUUUACCAUUUGAUGCUUGCGUGUUUUGCAUCAGUGAUAAUUAUAGAGACAGUCAGCAAAAACAUGCCGUUUCCUCCCGUUAGGUUCAUGCCCUGUUUGGUUGAAUGAUCUGUCCACAAUUCUGAGGUUCAACUGUAUUUCCUUUGAUAGGAUGGCCCGAGGCCUAACCUGGGCAAGAGAAAGGUUCCUUGGGUUCAUUGUAUGGAAGGGGCAAAUGAUGACUGAGAAAAAGGAUUAUGCUCAAUGCUGGAAUGUAAUUCAUAUUUGUGUUAUGAGAUAGGCUCUUUGUUCCAGAGCUGGCCACGCUUGUCAUUGCUGAAUCAGUGCUGAUACUCAGGCAAGGGUCUCCUUUUACACCUGCUGUCUUUUCUGUCUCUCCACUUUGUUUCUCAUGACUCUGCUCAGAAGACAAGGCACUGUUUAUUCCAUAUUUCUGAGGAUCUUACUAAAUGCAUGGUUCAAUACUCAACCCACAGUUUAAUACUCAACCAACUGUUUAAUACUCAACCCUGCUCAGAGCUAAGAACGAUUGAACUCUAAUGUAAAUUCUAAUAUUCAUUACUGUGUCAUGAUUAUUCAAACCAAUCAUUGACGUCAGUUAGCCAUUUAAAGUCUUUUUCAGUUGAGCUGGCCUAGGAAAAAUAAAUACUGUCCAUACCUAAGACUGAAAUGGGGAGCUGACGGUGAAAGAAAAGUGCUUGAACAAUUUGCCUUUCACGUGCUGAUCAAAAUGGAGUGUGUCAGACACACGUGUCUGUCAUUUAUUUCAUACCGUAACCAUGACAGUGGAAGCAUCCUAUUUAGCUGCUUGGAAGCACUGUAAUGUAACAGGCUAAUGCAAUCUCUUACUGUAUACGAUCUUUCCUGUUUGCCUUCGACAUGUCUUGUAUCAUCAUGCUCUUUUUUUGUAGUUGUAUUUAAAGCUGCAUAUUAAUAACUGCAAAUGUAUGGAGAGAGGCCGGUUGAGAUAUAAAUAAGAUGAUGAUGCAGUCAAAUUGACUGUAUCAAUAAAGUUUUUUGACCAUGUGUGUAAUUUUGUUGAAAGUUCAACAUUGAGGAAGCACAAUAGUAUCUGCCUGUAUUCUGUUUUUGGUAUCAUGCUAUAUGCUGUGCUGACUGCUUACUUUAGUGAUGAUUCACAUUUUAUCAUUUUCACUUGUAAGCCAUGUGGACUGUUGCUGUGGUCACACUCUUGUUUGAUUUCAUGGGUUACUCCCAUAAAACAAAUAAAUAAAUGUCUUGAUAUGUUGUUAAAAACACAUUUUCAUUAUUACCGAGGAGGAAUGUUUUCACCAAUCAGCUGGACGUUUAAAAAUGGCCUUUCCAAAAAUCUGUCUCAAAGAUUAACAUUUGUUUUAAACUAAAAGCAGCGUUCACAGUGUG